CACGUCCGGCCCCGCCCCUAGCCACACUCCACUCGGUACCUUUCUAACACUGGGCGCGAAUCUCACCGGCUGGUGGUGCUUAGUGUGCGUCUCCGAGCGCGGAGUGUGGCAGGUGCGGGAGGACACUCUCCGCGGCGUCGGGGCAGGCGCUGGGGUCCUGCUCCCUUUCCCCAAUUGUCGAGGCUGAGGUCAGGAGCCAGAUCGGCAGCUGGCGCAGCACCCGGGUCCCGGGCAUGGCAGCCUCGGAGGCUGCACCCGCCCUGACUGAGGGCUCGGGGUCGGCGCCCUGGGCGCAGCUGGAUGCCCCCGCCCGGCUCCUGCUGCAGGCGCUGCAGGCCGGACCGGAUGGAGCGCGGCGCGGCCUGGGCCUGCUGCGGGCGCUGGGCAGUCGCGGCGGGGAGCCCUUCGGCUGGGGCCACGUCCUCGAGGCGCUGUGCCAGGAGGAACCCGUCGUGGAGGGCCCGGACUGUCGCCUUGAGCUGAAGCCACUGCUGCUGCGAUUGCCUCAGUUAUGCCAGAGGAACCUGAUGUCCCUGCUGAUGGCUGUUUGGCCGUCGCUGCCUGAAAGCGGACUGCUCUCUGUGCUGCAGAUUGCACAGCAAGACCAAAGCCCUGACCCUGACACCUGGCUCCGGGCCCUGGGGGAAUUGCUGCGAAGGGAUUUAGACGUUGGGGUAUCGACUGCGGGAGCAUCCCCAUUGUCUAAAAGCUGCCAGAGACAGCUCCGAGGCCUGUGUAGGCGGCUGGGCCAGGGAGGCAGGAGGCUGAAGUUGCUUCAGACUCCGGAUCCUGGAGAGGAAGAAGAGGAGGACAAGGAGGAUGAGGACCCCCAUUGGCCUGGGAAGCGCAGAAAGGGGCCAGAGGAAGAGCCUGCCAGGCCUGAGGGGGAGAGGGCCCCCAAAAGGUUCCGAUAUUUAGAAAGGGAGGAAGAAGGUCACAAGGAGGAGAGACACGAACCUCAAUCUUUGGAAUCCCUGGCAGAUGGAGGAGGUACAUUGCCCAUUAAGAACCAGCCUGUCCAGGCUGAGCCCAGUGUGGCUGGUCAGAGUCUGGAGGAUGCCAAGGGCCUAGCUGAGAAUUUGGAGCUGCCCAAAGCUAUCCAGGACCAGGUUCCCAGGCUGCAGCAGCUGCUCAAGACCUUCGGGGAGGGCUUGGAGGGUUCCCCUCCAGUUGAGCUACAGCUUCUCCACGAAUGCAGUCCAAGCCAGAUGGAACUGCUGUGUGCCCAGCUGCAGCUCCUGCAGCUUUCGGACACAGCUGUCCUGCAGUUCUGCACCUGGCUUCUGUCCCUUUCACCUGACCUGAGCCUCAGCAGUGCUACCAUUCUGACCAAGAGCCUCUUUCUAAGACGGAUUCUGUCCCUGACUUCCUCGGCCUCCCGCCUGCUCGUGACUGCCCUGACCUCCUUCUGUGCCAAGUAUGCUUAUCCUGUCUGCAGAACCCUUCUUGGCCCCGUGCUCCAGGCCCCAGGAACUGGUCCAGCUCAAACAGAGUUACUCUGCUGCCUUAUGAAGGACGAGGGCCUGGAGCCAGACACGCAGGUUCUAAUGCUGGGACAGAUCUUGGAGCUGCCCUGGAAAGAGAAGACGUUCCUGGUGUUGCAGUCACUCCUGGAACGGCAGGUGGAGAUGACCCCUGAGAAGUUCAGUGUGUUGAUGGAGAAGCUCUGUAAAGAGGGGCCAGCAGCUGCCACGUCCGUGGCCUAUGCCAAGCUCAUGCUGACAGUGAUGACCAAGUAUCAGGCCAAUAUCACUGAAAUCCAGAGGCUGGGCCUGGCCACAGUCCUAGAGCUCAACACCACUUUUCUGAGGAAGUCCCUGCAAGCCGCCCUGAGACGUCUGGCUCCCUGACCAUCCAGCAAGGGACCAUACUCCUGGAGCUCCCUCACCAGCUUCCUGAAGGCUACUUCUGCCCCUAGUACCUCUCCCUGACCCCUUGCCUGGGGCUAAUGGCGGAACCUGCCAUCCCUGCUCCAGGAUGCAGAGAGGCCAUCUUGGCCUUCCAGCCAGCAGGCAGGGUCCUGGGCUAGAGGGGUUGGAUGGGCUCACUCCUUGUCACUUUUACUUCAGGCUGCCGGGACAGAAACUUUCUGAUAGGCCUCAGUAGAGUCAAAGCAGACCCAGAAUACAUGAAUGAUGCUUCAGGAGCCCUGGAGGUGACCUGUGUGCUCAGCACAAAUAUCUUAUGCUCAAGUGUAUGUUAUGACCCUCUGUGUUCUUUCUGAUUUGGAUAAUAAUUUAUUAAAAAGCAGAUAUUUAAUAAAAAGCAGGAAGUUUAAUGUCUUA